UCUUCCAUUUCACUCUUUAAUAUCUCGUCAACAAUCACUUUCUUCCACAGAACAUUGAGUCCAACCACAGAGCCAUUCGAUUCUGUCCUGUCUCAGCGUAUAUACAGCAAUGUACUACUAUGGAGCGUGACACUCUGACGUAGUCCUUCCUAUCUUCACCCCCACCUGAACACGCAUUAUCUCCGACUCGCAGAUCGCGCCGCCAAGUCUCAGGAUGCCUUCGUUUGAUCUCCUCCAGGAUGUCACGGCGAUUCUGGCUGCGCUGAUACUGCUUCCCUGGACAUUCAGCUUUGCCCUUUUCUUCUCGGUCGUUGACGCUUUCUCCUCAGUUCGAACUUCCAGGAUCGAACAACAGGCUUCUCCAAACCAUGGCACUCCAUCCCGUAUUUUGCUCUCAGGUGCCGGCAGCCCAGUCGCGCUAUCUCUUGCACGCCUCCUCCAAAGCCAUGGACAUACAGUGAUAGGAGUCGACUACGAGACCAUCCCCCUUGUCUCGCCUGCCCGCCUCAGCAACGCAUACACACGCUUCUACCGCCUCAGUACCCCCCUACGACCUCAAGACCGAAAAACCAUAUCGAAGGCCGUCCGCUUUGGCAGAUUCGGCCGCCUCACGCACCCAGCCGUGCAGACCGCCAUGAAAGGCCCCUCGACCGAGGAGCUCUACGCCGCAGACAUUGUCGCCGUCAUGCAGCACGAGACCCUCGACCUCUGGAUCCCUUGCGAACAGACGGGCAGCAGCAGCAUUAGCAGUAAAUCUGCCCCCUUCAAAAGCCUCCAACGCGCCCGAUCCGCUGUACUCGACGCAGGAAAGCGCUGUAUAUGUCCGACCGACGAUAUGGCCGCCCUGUCGCGCAGUCCCGUCGCUUUCGCAGACUUUGUAAACGCUCUGCACAUGCCUGUGCGCGCGCCCCUGGCCAUGCUCAUGCACAGCCGCGACGACGUCCACCGCACGCUGGCCAAAGUCCCACCCGCCAUGCGCUUCGUUCUCGAGAAAGUUCAUCGCGCUGUCGAGCUGCAGCGCACACCAACGAACAGCCCGCUCAUGCUCACGCACACUCGCGGUGGCAGCAGCAGCGGCAGCAGCGGUGGGAAAAUAACUCCACCGCGACGUCCCAGCUGCGACGCCUCAUCCGCAACUGAAAUCAUCACAGUGUCCAUGGACCAGCGCAACGCGGCCUACAACGCGGUCGCCACACUACCCAUCUGCGAGCACUCGCCCUGGCUACUGCGGGAGGAUUCGCCCGGCCCACGGCUCGUCGCUAGCGCACUCGUGCUCAACGGCCGGGUGCGCGCCUUUGUCGCCUCGCAACCCUCCUUGUCGCACGCCCACCUCCUGACGACGCUUCCGCCCUCCGCGCCGCUGUACCCUAGCAUGCUGCACUUCACACAGCAGUUCGCGCGCUACCAGACGCAUGCUGGCGCGCUGCAUGUCAGUAUCACGUUUGCGGCCUGCAGUGUGCCGACGGAGUGCGGCGAGGAGACGAGGGUGAUGGUGCUGGGGUGCGAUGCGAGUGUGCAUGGGAGCAUGGCGCUGCUGAUGAGCGAUGAGUAUGCGGGGAAGGCGCUCGCGAGGGUGUAUGCAGAGAUUGCAGCAACAGCGACAGGGGCGGCGACGGCAGAACAAAAUGAGAGGGGCGAUGCGAUAGUGAGAGUUGGGCGAACGACGACGACGACGGGACUGCGGACGAGUUAUGUAAGGAUGGUAUCGGUGCUCGGGGCGAUGGUCAUGCAGGCUAUGGCCGGCAAGAGGGGCGCUGGGGAAGUUCUUGAGGAGUGUGUAGAUGUGGUGAGGGCGAUGUUGACAAUGCGGGACGAAGGUUUCGAAAGGGCGGACCCCUGGCCAUGGUGGUAUGUAGUCCAUGUGCAAGAGCCGGCUGGGUUGGCGUGGGUUGUGUUUGCGAGGCUCCGGCAGAAGAUCCGGAUAUUUCGGACGAUGAUCUCGUAGCGGUAUAUCUGAUGAUCUGGUGUGGAAUUGUACAUCGGGUGGUGGUGGUAUAUGAUACAUAGCGGCAUGCGGAGCACCACGCAGCCGGGACGGGUUGUGUUACAGGGGCUCGAAAUAUAUACAGGGGAAGCCCAUUUGAGCACCGCUAAUUGUUCUUUCGGAUGUCGAUAUAAUCAGGGUCCGUGUCGAU